AUGUACGCAAAGUGCGGCCACAUGGCGGAGGCAGAGGCUGUCUUUCACGGGCUUGACGGAAAGAGUGUGGUCUCGUGGACUUCCCUAGUAGUCGGGCUGGCCAUCAACGGCUUUGGAGAGGAUGCAAUUCGGGUUUUUGAAGAGAUGGAGAGAAGAAAUGUUAUCCCCACCGAGAUCACUUUCAUCGGGGUCCUGUACGCUUGCAGCCACAAUGGGCUUGUGGACGAGGGCUUCGCGUACUUGGAAAAAAUGAUCGAAAAAUACGGGAUUGUCCCGAGAAUGGAGCACUACGGAUGCAUGGUGGACUUAAUGGGCCGGGCGGGCAAGAUCGAACGGGCCUAUGACUACAUUAAGAAUAUGCCCGUGGAGCCCAACGCGGUUAUCUGGCGAACGCUGCUCGGGGCUUGCACUUUGAGCGGGAACGUGAGAAUCGGUGAGGUUGCUAGAAAGGAGAUCGUGAAAUUGGAGCCGAAGCACUGUGGGGACUACGUGCUGCUAUCAAACCUUUACGCGUCCGAGAGGCGGUGGUGUGACGUGGACAGGGUGAGGCGGGCAAUGGUGAGGGAAGGGGUGCGGAAAGUGCCGGGGUAUAGUCUAGUGGAGGUGAGGAACACGAGUCACGAGUUUGUGAUGGGAGAUAAGUCACACCCGCGCACGGAGGAAAUAUACGAGAUGCUGAGGGAGAUGAGAAGGAGGCUGAGGUCGGAGGAAGGGUAUGAUCCGGGCACGUCGGGAGUGCUCACGGAUGUCGAGGAGGAGGAGAAGGAAGAUGCUGUGAUGCACCACAGUGAAAAGAUAGCGGUCGCGUUUGGGCUCAUCAGCACGCCGCCUGGGUCACCGAUAAGGGUCGUUAAGAACCUUAGGAUUUGUGUGGACUGCCACGUGGCGAUCAAGAUGGUUUCGAGAGUUUUUCGGAGGGAGAUUGUGGUCAGGGACUGCAGCCGGUUUCAUCAUUUUAGGGACGGGAAUUGUACAUGUAAGGAUUAUUGGACCCAACUCAUGCUCAGACAAAUACCCGAGACCCGCGCCCGAAGACUUGCACCACAGAUCACCCAGAAAGAACCAGCAAACCGGUCCCAAACCCAGCAAACCAGCCCUCAGGCUCAGCCCAAGUUUGCGGCCAAUCCCUCCGCCCAACACCAGAGACGGGAGAAAACGGUGGCAAGUGGCGAUACCUCCAACUGGAACCACCAAAGGAGGAACAAGGCCACGACCCACCCCAAAAUGAGUGUCAGAUGCUCGCCUAACGCUGCGUAA